GUGAUAAGGUUUUAAAAUGGCAUCAUCUAGUCAUGAUUUCGUACAAGAUGAGGUUAGUGAGCUUGAGAGGAUUCUUGCCCAAAAGUUAAAGGAUUUGUGUAAAGGUGGGAAAGAAAUGAAUGGAACUAAACCUAAAGCAGCUCCGAUUUUUUAUGAUCUUGCAAAGAUUUAUAAUUAUAAACCCAAGGAUAAAAUGUUGAACAUGACUCGUAGUGCAGCUUUGUAUAAUGCUGCUAUUGUGAGGGAUCCAGAAAAUCAAAGGUUUAAAGAUGAACUUAAAGCUUUGUGCUCAGCAGUUCUGGAGACAGCAAAUGUUGCAAACCGUGACGCUGAUUUGAUUUCUUUGGCAGCUGAGGUGAAAAACAAACUGAAUGAUUUACGAAAGGAUUUUGGCGAAAGUUAUAAUCAGCUUGAUAUAAUCCCAUAUGGUUUAGAAGGUGAACAACUAAUUGAAACAGAAAGAAAGAAAGUUCUGGAUGUUAAAAACCUUCAACAGCAAGUUACGAGAAGGUACACGGAGUUAAUGAGGUUUAUUUCUGAUGAAUGUAUCAAAAUUAUGGGAGCACCACCAUGCAAAUAUGCUGUAGUUGGAUUGGGUUCCUUGGCACGAUCAGAAAUCACCCCAUACUCAGAUUUUGAACACAUCAUUGUCCUUGAUAAUGAUGUUGCUAAGAUGGAAGAUCGGAAGAUGAUCAUGAAGUACUUCAGAUGGUUCACCACAAUCUUCAACAUCAUCUUAAUCAACCUCGGAGAAACCAUGAUCAACUGUGUUGCAAUUCCAAGUAUAAACCCAAAGUAUAGAGACUGGUUUACAGACACUGUUACACCAAAUGGGGUAACAUUUGAUGGGAUGGUAGCCCACGCUUGCAUACGCCCACUUGGACGACCAGCAACUAAAGAGAAACCUUGGAACACUGAAUUUAUCAAACCAGUUGAUGAAAUGGUUCAAUAUUUAGACAGCGAUGAAGAACUGAAAGAGGGAUACCAUGUGGCUGAUGCUUUAUAUAAAGCUUGCUUUGUAGCUGGUGAUGAAGUAAUUUGUGCUGAAUAUCAAGAAAAAGCUCAUCUCAGGCUUAAAGAAAAUGAUGAAACGAAUGAGUUCUUCGCUGUGUACAAACAAAUGGAAAAAGAUUUAAAAACGUUUAACAUUUUUGAUCAACAAACCAAUGUUACUUCAGGUUUACAAAAUUUUAACCUAAAAAAAGUUAUUUACAGAGGUGCAACCAUCUUUGUUUCGGCUUUAAGUCGGUUUUAUUCGCUAUCAGCAUCAUCUUGCUUUGAUGUCAUUGAUGAAUUAGACAAACAUCCUGAUUUCAAUAAAGAGGUGGCGCACCAACUCCGGUUCAUGGUGGCAGUAGCUUGCGAGGUUCGCGCAAAACUUUAUCAUAAAGAGGGACAACAAGAUGAUAUUUUUAUGGAAGAUUUUCAAUAUAAUGAUAUUGUUACUGGUUUAAUUGAAAUUAUUGGAAAACAAAGCCUUGUUUCUUUAACAGAAGCUUUGUAUUUGAUGCACAUAGCACUGACUGCUCGACGUUAUGCAAGCGAAUCAGUUCAGAAUGAGUCUGAAGAAUUAGUUCCGAAUGUGUCUGCAAAAUUAGUUCAGAAUGUGUCUGAAUAUACAAUAGAGAAAAAAGUUGGGAUGAAACCUUUAUUAUUUCACUGUAGGAAUAAAAAUCUCUUCAAAAUUGCAAAAAUGCAACCAACCUUCUUAAAAUUAGGCUCAUUAACAGCCAGUGAUCUUGAAGCUUUGCUUGAUCUUGAGGAGAAGACGGUAAAAUUACAUGCUCUGAACGCGUUUAAUUUUCGCGAGGACGUAAUAUCAAUGAUCAAAAAAGUGAUUCCCACAUUACCACGACAUGAGUUUUCAUUACAGUUUUAUUAUGCAGCAAUUCGAUAUGCAUCUUUUUAUGAUGAAAAUGACCUGGCUUUGGAGUUAACAACAAAACUCAUCCAACUUGACAUCAAGCAACAUAGAAUAAACCCAGACUUUUGCAACCCAACAGCUGAAGCAAAGUUUGAACUUAAAGUGCAGGAGUUAAAAAGUGUUGUGGACCGCUCGGAGGAAGGGGCGCUCAGGCUUGUUCAAGAGUUAAAUGAAAUGGUGGAAGCUCUUAAGCCGACAAUGUUUAUAGGCAUACAUUUAAUGAUGUAUGUACAAUUAUUGAGAAAGCUUAAUCACGGACAACAAGCCCAAAAAGUGCUUGAGAAGCUUUUACAGAUAGAAGAAGUACAAAACGAGAUACCAUACCACCGUGAUGCCCUGUUAGAGAGCCAAAUACUGAUUGAAUACACAAUUACACUGCUUUGUAAUAGAAAUUACCAAAGAGCAUUAAUACAACUUAAUAAAAUUAAACAGAUAUUAGAACCGCACAAGAAAUUGACAGUAACACACAUGGUACUUUAUGAUGUGUAUGGACGAUAUUACCAUUGUACCGACAGAUAUAUGGAGGCAAUGAUUUGUUACUUAGAGCAUGCGAGAAUCGGUGAAAAAAUUAAAGAACCAAUACUUGAUGAAGUUAAACAAAACAUUAGAAGCGUUUUUAUCCUAUUUGCACAUCAUUUUAUUUAAGUUUCUUUUGACACAUUUCAGAACCAAUUUGAAACAAUAAUAUGUUUCUUGCAUAUUCAACUUAAACAACAUUCAGAAAAAUUAAUCAACCAGAGAUUUUCUCCUAAACAGGCAAUGUAUGUUCUGUAUUUCAUUUUCAUCCAUAUUAAAAAAAGCUAAACAAAUAAUUGCCUUUCCUAAUAAUAACCGAAUGUCUGUUUUAUAAUAAAUGACUAAAUGUAUUAUAAUUUAUUUACGAUGUAAUAAUUGUAGCUAUUCGUGAUCUGUAAUAGUAGGAUUGUAUUUGUUUUUCUAACAAUUAAUCUAUUCUGACAUCGUGACAUGUCUCUAUACGUGGUAAUUC